AGCCUUCUGAUAUUGAAACCAGCGACAAAGCUAAUUAGAUUAAUUGCUUUAUGUAAGAUCACGUUUGGGAUAAAUUCAAUAUGGCUUCCAAACUGAACAUUUCUGCAGUGAACGAGCUUUAUUACAGAGAUUUUAUCCGUACGUUUGGCAAUGUUAUCGAGGAGACAAAAAUUUGUGCAGCAGCUGUAUGUGGUAGGAGGCCUUUUAGGUCAUUUGACAACUUCGUGGAGGUGAUGUACCAGUUUAUCGACGAGCUUCCCAAAGAUGGAAGAGCCGGCAUAUUGCGCAACCAUCCUGAUCUUGCCGAUCGUUUAGAAUCACUUACCCCAGAAUCCCAAAGAGAACAAACACACGCUGGUAUCACAACGCUAACAAAAGAGGAGAUUCAAGAGUUAAAACAUUAUAACCAGCUCUAUAGUAAUAAGUUUGGAUUUCCAUUUGUGAUUUGCGCUCGUUUAAACAAUAAAGAUGCAAUUUUGAAAGGAAUAAAAUCGCGCUUGAAUAAUGACAGAGAUCAAGAGCUAGAGUGCGGGAUUGAAGAAGUGAAGAAGAUCAUGCUGCUGAGGAUGAAAGAUUUGGUUGAAUGCGAGGACUCUAAAUUGUGAUAAAACUAUGGAACUAUAGACAUAUAUCUGUUUGGAACAUGGUAGGGAAUAGCAUACAGAGUUGUUUUUUUUCUCUAUAAAUCGGAGCACAGUAUAUUUCGUCACUCUUGGAACAAUCCAUCCCUCAUUUUUUAUUAAGUGAUGCAGGUUGAAAAGGUGGUAGCCAUGAGGCUGAUGUGGACCUACAAUUAACUGAUAAAAUGUAAAAUAAUAAACAAAAUAAUUUGUAAAGUCACCCUAUGGUAUUUAAAUUCAGUAUAAGUCAAUAAAAUGAGGUUCAUUGACAAACAAAAGUUACAAACUAAUCAUUUCAUGACUGUGUUAGAGGAUGGUAAUGCUGAUUUAUUUUCUAGGGCAACAAACCACGGAUGCAGUUAUAAUUAUACAUUAUCAGUCAAUGAGGAUUGUGGGGUUUCCUCUGACGAAAAGAUCUGAUGGCAUGAGAAAUGAAAUAAAAAAUCCUGAGAAAAUGUACAAGGGUUAUAGUAAUGAGCUGCUCUUAAACAGCCACACUUUGAGAUCCUGAAGGAA